GGUUCAACGUGGAGACGGUGGAGUACAAGAACAUUUGCUUCACCGUCUGGGACGUGGGCGGCCAGGAUAAAAUCCGACCCCUCUGGAGGCACUACUUCCAAAACACACAGGGUCUCAUCUUCGUGGUGGACAGCAACGACCGAGAGCGAGUGCAGGAGUCUGCCGAUGAGCUGCAGAAG